AUGUACCUACCUGUUGGUCGUAUCGUGGCCGGUGGUCUAAUCUUCUUGCUCUUUGCCUCUCGAGCGGCAGCAAUCGAUCUGAUUAUAGAUGAUGAACAAUCUCUUCGAGAUGCCGCCAGCACGACGACAUUCGCCAUGAUGACCUACUACCAUGGCAAUGAGACUGGACAAAUCCCCGGCGCAUUCCCGAGCAAGUGGUGGGAGGGAUCAGCUUUGUUCCUGGCCUUGCUUCACUAUUGGCAUUUCACUGGAGAUACCACAUACAAUAAUGAGCUUCGAGUGGGCUUGGAAUGGCAGUCUGGAAAGAACGGUGAUUACAUGCCGAGUAAUUACAGCAGCUACCUGGGCAAUGAUGAUCAGAUGUUUUGGGGAUUAGCCGCCAUGACCGCGGCUGAGCUGAAGUUCGGUGAUGGAGUUUUCAAUACGCAGAUCAAACGAUGGGACACAACGGCCUGUAAUGGCGGCAUGCGCUGGCAAAUAUGGCCUUAUCAGUCUGGAUACACUUUGAAGAAUUCUAUCUCCAACGGUGGGUUGUUUCAACUUGCUGCUCGCUUGGCACGCUACACCAACGAGCCCAUCUACGCGACUUGGGCGAACAAGAUCUGGAACUGGUCGCUCAGCUCGCCACUGCUUAACAGCUCGACAUGGAAUGUGGCAGACUCGACAAACAUGGGAGAUAAUUGUGCGACCCAAGGAAAUACGCAAUGGUCUUACAACUAUGGCACGUACAUGAUGGGUGCCGCUUAUAUGUACAGUUAUACAAACGGUAGCGCUCAGUGGCUCACUGCUGUCGAUGGUCUCAUGAACAAGCUCUUUGAAGAAUUUUUCCCGUCGAGCAACGGUGGCAUCUUUGAAGAAGUGACAUGCGAGCCGUCGGAACAAUGCAACAAUAACGAAGUUUUGUUCAAGGGGCUAGUCUCCACUUGGCUAUCCUUCACAGCUCUCCUCGUGCCCUCUACCUACGACAAAAUCUUGCCCAAGCUGCAGACAUCGGCCGUGGCGGCAGCAAAGUCUUGCACGGGCCACAACAACAACACGUGUGGCGUUCGAUGGUAUCAGUCUCAAUAUGAUGGAUGGAUCGGCAUGGAGGAACAGAUCAGUGCCACGGAUCUCUUCGUCGCCAACAUGAUCAGAUUCACCGGAAACAGCACCGGUCCGGUAACCGCCACGACUGGUGGCAACAGCACUAGUAACCCGACGGCGGGUGAGAAUGAUACAAGCACUGCAAGCAUUCCUGUGUCGGCUAUUACAACGGGGGACCGGGCGGGGGCAGGCAUCUUGACUGUAUUGUUCACUGCUGGCUGGUUCGGCUUGAUGGGCUUUACUGUGCUUGGUGGAUAA